AUGGAGAACAACAAUUGGAUUACUGAAACCCUUGUCCAAUUCAUUAAGUCGCCUGUAUGGCUUACACCAGUCAAUCAUUUUAUCGACUAUAACUGUAAUAUAUUUACAAAUGAAAGCGAGAUGAAGUUUGAGUAUACUGAUAUUCAUAGAAAAUUUCAAUCGCUCAUUGACGAUCUUCUUUCAGGAUUCGUGGACGAGUUGGGUAUCUCACUUGAGGACGUCAUGGCUUCUGUAAGAAGUUCUAUGGAAAGUGAUCAAGAGUUAGAGCAUAAAUCCAUUGAAGAUUUUAUGAAAUACAUUUAUGUUAUGGAUGACUUUGAGAGCUUUUUUUACAUGAUGAUUAAACGAAAUAUCGAACAAGACAUUAUAGCUGUCAGAGCCCUACAGGCUAAAGGAGUAAAUUUAUCCGUUUCAGAUUCAGAAAAUUUACUGUCCAUUAUUGAUAAAUCUGCACAACCUACAGCUGAGGAUAUUGCCCGUAUCCUAGAAACCAACGGCAAGUGUGAUGAUGAGGAAGCGCUCAGGCGCGCCAUAUCCGCAUCCCUGUUGGAAGAUCCCAAAGAGAAGGAAAUAAAAUUGGAAGAAGCUAAAAUGAAAGAAGCUUUGGCUCUAUCAGCUCAAGCUGAACGCGAUCGCGCAAAGCGUUCAGCUAGCGAUAGUCAAAAAAAGGUGCGGCAUCCCCCGCCUAAAAAUGUGGAAGCGGUAGGUAGCAAAGAGUCUGAGGCAGCGACCACCCAUCCGACUCAUACCGAGCAUGAACUUGCUGACUCGUCUCACCUAAAAUCCGAUGCUGAUGGAAAGCCCACGUGUCGCACCCCGAAAUCAAAUCAACAGGUGGCACAUACCGAAGCACUUGUAUCUGCUCCGGAAUCAAAGGCACCGACACCAACGGCAGCAAUCAGCCGACCGAAUCCAUCACCCUCUCAGGGGGGUCAAAUGCAGCCCCUUCCUGCGCUCACCACUUCAAAGCUGCAGCAAACUUUAGGUUCCUCUAAAUUGCAGCCCCUCCCACCAAUCUAG